AUGAAUUCUAUUGCUACGUUUGAACAUAAAUCAUUAUGCCCGACAGGUGAAGAAGAACGUCUCCAUCAAUGCGGUGAAUGUGGCUUGACGCUCUCAACGCGAAGUGCAUUAACAGCUCAUGCACGUUCGCACCGUGCUGCUGCUGAUGCUCACAGGUGCGACGUCUGUCACAAAACAUUUGCUGUACCAGCGAGGCUCGUGCGCCAUUACCGGACACACACGGGCGAAAGACCCUUCGAAUGUGAAUACUGCCAUAAAAUGUUUAGUGUUAAGGAGAAUUUACAAGUACAUCGUCGUAUCCAUACUAAGGAGAGACCAUAUCGGUGCAGUGUGUGCGACGCAGCUUUCGAGCACUCCGGAAAACUUCAUCGUCAUGCUCGUAUCCAUACGGGGGAGCGGCCUCAUGCGUGCCCCCACUGCCACAAAACAUUUAUUCAGUCCGGACAGUUAGUUAUACAUUUAAGAACGCACACUGGUGAAAAACCCUAUCGCUGCCCUGCACCUGGGUGCGGGAAAGGGUUCACUUGCUCAAAGCAACUUAAAGUACACUCGCGGACUCAUACUGGGGAGAGACCUUACACCUGCGAUAUUUGCCUUAGAGACUUUGGUUACAACCACGUAUUGAAAUUGCAUCGCUUCCAGCAUUACGGGGAACGUUGUUACCGUUGUACGGUUUGUGAUGGGACAUUUAAUACUAAGAAACAGAUGGAAGCACAUAUUUAUAAGGAGCAUGGAGCCGAAACGCCCCGUGCUCAAUCUAUGCAGUCCUCUGUGCCGCUCGUGAUGAAUGGGAAUGUAAUGUGUGAUUUAGUAGAAGCUGCAUUACAGCAAUUGCCACCAACACCGCCUAGUUCGCCGCCGUCGCCGCAGUGCGCGUCGGUGCCGGCCAUUAAUACUAUCCCUUCAUCGUCUCCGCCGCCAGUUGCGGCACCGUCGCCGCCAGUCUUAGCGCCGCAACAUACUGUAUACAAUAUACGAUCGUCGCUGCCACCGCGCAAGUGGAAACUGAUUCCUCAACCCGAACCUGAAGUGCGCCACACCUCUGUUAUACAAUUUGCACCUGCUGCAACAGAUGCGUCGUAGCAUUUUGUCCGUUAUUGAUAGUGAAAAUAGUCGAAUAAGUAACUUUAUCUCAAUGCUUUGUUCUAUUUGAAAGGCUGUUAUGUGGGUCAAAUACCUACUAUAUGUAGCUUAGCUUAAGGUGACUUUUGGUUAUAAUAGUGUUAUAGACAUUAGCCAGGCUAGCUUUUAAGAAUUGAGUAAAAGACUAAUUGUCUAAAUGCAUUUGUGCCGUCGUUAUUA